CUUCUCUUACACGGCAGUGUCUUCCGUGUAAUGAAGAAUGAGCAAGUCUUUACAAUAACUAACUAAACCACCCAAACAAUGCCUUCCAAAUUAUUCCACGCGCGCCCUCCUUCGUCUAGCAAGUCCACCGUCCUCUUCUUCUCUUGCCUCAUCAUUGGUAUCGCCGGUUUCAUCUUCGGCAUCUCCGCCACUAUCGCCGUCUCUCAUGGCGGCUACCGCUGCAACAACCUCCCUCUGAGAUCCGUCAAAGUUCUCUGGACCACCACUGCUGAUACUGACAAUGAUAACGAUGGUUUACGCCCUGGACCCAAGAGGCAUAAAGUUAUGGGCUUUGUUGGGAUCCAGACCGGGUUCGGUUCCGCUGGUAGGAGGAGAUCUUUGAGAAAGACGUGGAUGCCGUCCGAUCCUCAAGCCCUUCAACGCUUGGAAGAAGCCACAGGUUUGGCUUUCAGGUUUGUCAUCGGUAGAACCAAUGAUGAUUCAAAGAUGUCAGCUCUCAAAAAAGAGGUUGCAGAAUAUGAUGAUUUCCUAAUAUUAGAUAUUAACGAGGAGUAUAGUAAUCUCCCCCACAAAACAUUAGCAUUCUUCAGAGCUGCAUAUGCACUCUUUGAUUCUGAGUUUUAUGUCAAAGCUGAUGAUGACAUAUAUUUGCGGCCAGAUCGCUUGUCAUUGCUCUUGGCAAAAGAGCGUACUCACUCUCAGACUUAUCUCGGCUGCAUGAAAAAGGGUCCAGUUUUUACUGAUCCAAAGCUCAAAUGGUAUGAACCAUUGUCUCGUUUGAUUGGGAAGGAGUACUUUCUUCAUGCAUAUGGACCUAUAUAUGCUCUUUCUUCAGAUGUUGUUGCAAGUUUGGUUGCUCUCAAGAACAACAGUUUCCGACUGUUCAGCAAUGAAGAUGUUACAAUUGGUUCAUGGAUGCUUGCAAUGAAUGUCAAUCAUGAAGAUAACAAAGGACUGUGUCAAGCAGAGUGUACACCAACAUCUAUUGCUGUCUGGGAUAUUCCCAAAUGUUCAGGGCUCUGCAAUCCAGAAAAGAGGUUGUUGGAACUUCAUCAGCAAGACAGCUGCUCGAAAAGCCCAACUUUGCCAUUUGACGAUGAGUAGCAAUAUUUCCUAUAGGCUACCCAGGUUUGUUAUUACGGAAAGGUGCUUCUUACUUGAAGACCUGAUUUACCAAUGUGGUCAUGCUAUCUGCCGUUCCUUUUGUGCUUCUUAUUCUCCUCGCUCCCCACGGCCCCCAACCACUCUGAUUUUCAUGCAACAUAUCAAUUUUCUGUGACAUGAGUUGAACUGGCGGGAUCUUUUCCAUCACAAUUUCUUUCAUUUAUUUUAUUUUUUGAUAAGUAAUUUAAAGGGUUUCAUCAGAUUUUAGAUUUUUGGAGAACUGGUAGUUAGAAUCUGAAUACUCCAUGUAAUAUAUACUCAUUUGAAUGAACAAUUCUGUGAAAGGUGUUGUUGAGGUGUAUUUUUUGUCAACAAGAAUACAGAGAAUGACUGAGUGGUUACAUUGCA